AUGACGCAUCAGAGACCAAUUAGUUUUUCAAUCAAACAAAACGUUUUAAACAAUGAUUUAGAAAUUAAAUGCAAGGAUGGUACCAUCCUCUACGGAAACCGCGCAAUUCUUGCUGCUCGUUCUGAAGUUUUCGACAGAAUACUUUUUAUAAGGACUAGCGAAAUCUCCGAUAAACAAGUAUCAUUUCAAAAAAUAGAAGCUUCGGUUAUGAAGAUUAUUCUCGAGUAUUUAUAUACUGGGUCAAUUUCUGAUGGAACCUUAUCAACAGAAAAUGCAUUCGAAACUUUAAACGCAGCAGAUUUUUUUCAAUUAAAGAACCUUCAAGAUCAAAUUUCAGAAUUUUACAUGAAAGCAAGUCAGAAAGAAGGAAAUGAUAAUAAAUCCCCCGAGUUGUUAUCAAAAGCAGUUCAACUUAUGUCUUUAGCAGCUAAUAAUGGAAUUAUUGAUUUUUUGGUGGACUCUGUGGCUAGACUUCCAUUAGAUACUAUCACACCCGAUCGACUGUCUUUUCAAGCAUUGCAGUGUUUAUUAUCCAAGUCAAAUGAUGAAAAUAAAAUUUUUGUUACAAGUGAAUAUUCCAUAUUGCGGAUUGCAAUUUUACUGUCUGCGAAGAAAGUAUCUCAAGAAGCUGUUACUGCGUUAGAAAAAAGAUUGCCAGUAUGGGAUAAAAUCAAAGAUGGAUUUGACUUUAAAAAUAAUGAUAUAUCCAAUAUUAAGGAUAUUUGCGUUGCUACCGCUGAUAAUUUGUCACCCAUUAUCGAAUUUAUCGAUUUCCGACGUAUUAAUGGCAAAAUCCUUGUUGAUAUUAUUGAACCAUUGAAUUUGAUUUCAUCUGGAAAACUGUUGACGGUUUAUCGUUUUCAUACUUAUGAAAAAAAGCACCCAUCACCUUUUCGCGGUUUAAAAUCUCACAUUAAAUGGGAUAAUAAUAGCUGUGGUCCGAAUUUAGAAAUCAGCUCUGACGGAUGCACAGUAUCACGUAAAGUCAACCCAAAUGUAUGGAAUACUGUUAGGACAAACUACUUGAUGAUCGAAGGAAUUCAUAAACUUCGUGUUAAAAUUGAAAACAGUAAUUACACAAUGAUUGGUAUCUGUGAAGAAGGAAUUAAUUAUUCUGAUUAUAUUGGAGCAUCAUUAUAUGGCUAUUGUCUAUAUUCAGAAGGCUUCCAAUAUAUAAAGGGUUCGUGUGAGAACAUUAAUUCUCCUAGAUUUGGUAAUGUAAGUAGCGAAGUUAUUGUGCACUUAAAUAUGGAUGAUAAGACAUGUGAAAUUUCUGUCGAUGGAAAAGAGAAUGUUGUAAGAUGGACCAAUAUUCCAUCAAAAUUAUAUUUCGCUGCAUCACUAUAUAAUUCCGGAAAUGUAACAAUUGCAAAAGGAAAUUAA